CUUCGACCCCCCACCACCAUGCCGUCCUCCUUCUAUGUACCCAUCCUCGUCGGGGGCAUGCUCAUCACGGGCUCCAGCAACUCGCUCUGGAGCAAGUGGCAGGAUAUGCAAUGUGUCGAGAAUUGUGACGAUCCUAAUCCGACCAAGCACGUUCUGUACGAACAGCCAGUAUGGCAGACUCUGCAGAUGUUCCUCGGAGAAAUGCUCUGCUUCCUCCCUGUCCUAUACGUGUGGCUGUCCUCCAAGCGCGCGCGUCCCGCCGUUCAGCUCCCGACGGAUAUAGAGGAGGAGCCGGCAACGGGCUCAAAGCCCCACGUCGCGGCACAGCAUCUCCAUGGUUGGAAAAUUCUCCUCCUCUGGUUCCCUGCCGCCUGCGACCUCACCGGUACGACGCUCAUGAAUAUCGGUCUCCUCUAUACGCCGGUAUCCAUAUAUCAGAUGACCCGUGGCGCCCUCGUCCUUUUCGUGGGCGUGCUAUCGGUCAUCUUUCUUCGCCGCAGGCUCUGGCUCUACCAAUGGAUAUCCCUUGUUACCGUUAUGGCAGGCGUAUCUCUCGUUGGCUACAGUGGGUCCAUGAUCAAGGAUGCAGUCAAGGAGCCAAAUGCGAGCAUCAUCAAUAUGGCCACGCCCUCGGCUGGCUUCCGAGUGCUAGAGGAUCUGCCGUCGCCACAGCCAAUCGAGGAGCCGGAGAUCACGAAAGUACUAGUCGGUGUAUUCUUUAUCCUCUUCGCGCAGGUGUUCACUGCGACGCAGUUCGUCAUUGAAGAGAAGAUUAUGGCCCGCUACUCGGUCGCGCCGCUCGUCGCAGUCGGCUGGGAAGGCUUUUUCGGUGCACUCAGUAUCGUGCUCGCCAUGCCCCUUCUCGCGCAUUAUGCCUAUGUCACACCGUUCUUCGACCUCCCGCGCGGUUGGUACCAGAUGAUCGACACUCCAUCGGUGUUGUGGAGUGGCGUUAUCAUCGCGAUAUCUAUCUCGCUCUUCAAUUUCUUCGGGCUCAGUGUGACUCGGCACGUAAGCGCCACGGUGAGAAGCUUGACUGACACAUGCAGGACGCUUAGCAUCUGGAUCGUAAGCCUCGGGUUGGGAUGGGAGACAAUCAUGUGGCCUAUCUCGUUGCUGCAGGUGCUUGGGUUCGGGCUCUUGGUUUAUGGAACAUUCCUCUUCAAUAACCUCGUCAAGCUGCCACUCUUCUUGCGCCCUGCGGCCGAGGGUGCCGCAAUAUCUGUACCGAUCACCGAGGACGUAGAGGAGAAUCGUGCACUGCUUUCCGAACAGGUCCUCGACGAGACUGCUGCGCUUCCAGCUGACCUUGGCCAGAGUGGCUUCGACACGUUGCCUCCGCAUGAACACCUCAACACAGAGUCUCCCCCUCCUGAGCAAUGAUGUCGUACCCUCUUCCGCUGUAUCUAGGCGCUGCGAUCGUGUGCUGUACUGAGGCUCGUGCUUCAGUUGUACAUAUAUGUGGAUUACCGUAUCGAACCAACCCUUCUUGAAAAAUGCUCCUCCGGUGUUGUGCAUCCCCCGGUGUCUAUUGUUCUGUGACUGAUCCAUCUUGCUCUUCGCUCCCCUCGCGAUAUGUGACAAUCUGUGUUCUGUGGUUUGCGGUUACCAAUGUGGC